GCCCCACCCCAGACACGCCCCUUCAAGCAUGGCGACACAAGGUCAAUGUCUAGUUUCCACCAAAACAGAAAAGCUCCAAUAUAAUGAUAAGAUGUACAAGCUAGUCUGCAGCAACUACGGGAACAAGCUUUUUCUAUUAAUCUCAGACACAAGCCUAAAUAAGAUGGGGACUUUACUCCAGGUUAGAAGGCAAGAAAUAGGACCAGACCAAACUGAUACAACAUUCUCUGUUCAAACAUUACUGGGACAAGAGCAAGAAGAUAUCCUAGUAUUUGGUAGAGCCAUAGGUGGGUAUGUAUUGGGCCCUGGCUCAGGGGAUAAGGCACUGCUGGUUGCUUGUGGUUUUAAGACUGCAGAUCCAGCAAUGCUGCCAUUACUAUUGAGAACAUUAGAUAAGGUGAAUGUAUGGAAUUAAGGUGUGUGUACCUGUGUGCUGAUUCAGUGUGCGUGAUGUAAUUUAAUGCAAAUAUUUGUUGUUAAGAAUAA